UGAAAAACUGGUACUCUAGCAAAAACAAAAUGGCGUCGUCAGCCGGUCGAACCUUACGAAGCGCUUCUCGCUUAAUUUUACAGGCUGCAAGCUCACAGAGUGGACGGAUUGCGUCACAAGCCGGAAGCCCAAAACUACAGACAGUUCGGGCUCUUCAUCAAGCUGCAGGAAUAAGUUUAGCAAGACAAGCUCAGAGGACUUUUUCUGUUAGUAUAUCAAGGACAGUUUCUGCUUGUGCUAUGAUGAGUACAGCUUCACCAGUGUCUACCUGUGGAUCACUGUUAUGUACUGGUAGCAGCUCAGAUAUGAUGGAAGUAUCUGCUAGCGAAGAUGAGGGACUAGUGAUCGAGGCGCCGGAGAAACUCGACGAUUUAUAGCAUUGGUUUUCCUUACAUACAAUAACUGUUGUAUGUAAUUCUGUUAUUUAGUGACAAAUGCAGUUUUAUUGCUGUCCCUCGAGACUUCUUCUGAUUUGACAUUUUGCCAGGAUUUCUUAAAUACAAACUAUUAUACAUUUUUUGAA